CGCUUUUUUUAUACUCCGCUUUCGGUAGACGUCAUUUGGUCGUUGUCGGUAACAGUCGCACGUUCUGUAACACUGCUUUAUCCGACGCUUUAAAAUUAUAAAAUGGCCACGACCAUGGAAAUCGACGAUGAUGAUUGUGAUUUGCCGACCUCCAGCAGCGGGAAAGGCGAAAAGAAGCGUUUCGAAGUGAAGAAAUGGAAUGCGGUGGCUCUGUGGGCUUGGGAUAUCGUCGUGGACAAUUGUGCUAUUUGUCGUAAUCAUAUCAUGGAUCUCUGUAUUGAAUGUCAGGCGAAUCAAGCAUCUGCUACUAGUGAGGAAUGCACAGUAGCCUGGGGUGUAUGCAAUCAUGCCUUUCAUUUUCAUUGUAUUUCACGUUGGUUGAAGACACGACAAGUCUGUCCACUUGAUAAUCGUGAAUGGGAAUUUCAAAAAUAUGGUCAUUAAUUGGAUAUAUUCAACUGUAUUAGCCAGAAAUCUGUGCUGCUAUUUAUAUUAAAUAUAAUACAAGUAUAUUAGGAGAUUCUCUUCAUAAAAAAUACUUUGUAAGAAAGUGACGAACAUAUGAAGUGAAAAUAGGAAAAAAAUAAGAGCA